UUUGUUUUAUAUUCUAAACCUUUGCUGGUUCUGGUAGAAUAUUAAAACCGGAGGGAUAUAAGUAGUCAUUUAAUAACAGUAUCAGUAUUCUUCAAUGAUUUACAAAAUUACAUUGAGGAAGAAAUGCAGAAAGUGAUCCUUAUGACUACUUUAAGUUGUGUUUAUGGAUAGAAACAGUUGUGAAGAAACAUCAGUUGGAAGUCACAAAAGAGAUGGAAGACAUUAAGACAACAGAUUCCUUGAUGGAGAGCCCUCUAAUGUUGUGGCUAAAAGUUCUUCUUGGUGAAAAGAAAAAAGAAUUAGAUUAUGAAGAUUUGUGCAAUGGAGUUCUUCUCUUAUCUGUAUGGCAGCAAAUUGACUCUCAUGCUAGCGUGGGAGAGAACACUGCAGCUUCAAGUGAGACGAGCAUUCGUUUACAGAACCUAAACAGCUUGUUAAGUAAUAUUAAAGUUUUCUAUGAGGAAGUGCUAGGGCAGGUAGUUCUUUUGCCACUUCCAGACAUUCUUGCUAUAGCCAGGUGUACCAGUGAAGAGUCAAGUGUCAAAGCAAUGAAUAGACUUCUUCUAUUGGUUUUGGGCUGUGCUGUUCAGUGUGAAAGGAAAGAACAUUUUAUUGAAAUAAUUAAAACAUUGGAUAUUGAUGCUCAGCAUCAAAUGGUUGAAUAUAUAAAGCAAGUUACAGACAAUCCAGAGGCAAUCUGGUCAACUGGAUGGAAUCUAACAAAGGAUUCUACUCAUGAAGAACAGCUGUAUCUAUUACUGGAACAGCAUGUACAGAAAUUGGCCAAAGAGAGAGAUGAAUUAUCUCAAAAAUUAGUGAAUGUAGUCAUGGAACAAGAGUCACAGUUAAGUGAUCCUAUCAACUCUAUAGCUAGUGUGACCAACCAAACACCCUUGUUGAGUUCGGAGAAGUCUCAGUUGGUUGUAGAGUUGGCUGAUGCUAGGUCAAGAAUGAGAAAACUUCAACAAGAUUUGGAAGAAAAAACUGAAUCUGUUACAGAACUUAAAGAAGAACUACAGGAUUCUAAAGAUAUGUUAAAUAAAUUGAAACAAGAGAACUUCCAGCUGAUUCAGAAUACACGAGCAGCCCAAGCUUAUAGAGAUCAAAUUGACAUUCUGAAAGAAAAGGUUCAAAAGGUUGAUCGGCUAGAAAAUGAAGUCCAGAAGUAUAAAGAUAAAAUGGCUGAAUUAGAAUUCUACAAAACAAGGGUUGAGGAACUUAGAGAGAAUAACAGAAUUCUUAUGGAUACUAAGACUAUGUUAGAAAACCAAUUAGAAUCAAGUAGAAAAAGAGCAGAACAAGUUUUGGAGUUGGAAGCAGAAGUUUUAAAGUAUCGUUCUCGGAUCUAUGAGCUUUGUGAAGACCAGGAAUCAGAUCGAGAAAAAAUCCAACAGCUGGAGGAAGAAAAUACCAUGUUGUAUUUAGACAAGAAAUUGGCACUUGAUGAAGUUAGUCAGAUGCAUGCUGUCUUGAAAGGCCAAAAUAUGGAACAGUCACCAGUGUUUGAAAAUAGUCUUCACGAACAACUGAAUAAUGAUGCAGAGUCCAGGGUUCUUCAGCUGGAACUAGAAAACCAACAGCUUCAGAAUCUACUGGACGAUGUUCAGUCUUCCUCUCACUCUUCCGUAUCCCAAGAGGAGAAUCAUGUACAAGAAAUUGCGAAUGAAAAGGAGCAGCUUCAAGGAGAAUUACAGCAGUUAAAAGUAACUAUUGGGGAAUUGCAGAGAUCAAAGACAAAAUUUGAUGAGACAGAAGCUGAGAAGCAAGAGGCAUGCAGGAAUAUAAAGAAGCUUCAGCAUGAUCUCUUAGAGUUACAGAAAGAACAUCAACAAUGUGAAGAAAUGAAAAUUUCAAUGACAGCCCAAAGUUCUGAAAAUCAACGAUUACAUCGACAACUGGAAGUCCAGAAGCAUAAAAUACAGGAAGUACAGGAAGAUAUAGAGAAUGUAGAAGCAGAAAAUCAACAUUUGAAACAAAUGGUUGACAAUCUUCGGGCAAAUACACACAAAGUACAAGAACUGGAAAGAGAGGCAACCAACCUGGAAGGAGACAACCAUAAGCUAGAGCAGAAAAAAAAGAGUCUGGAGAAAGAAGUUGCACGAUUGAAGCAUUCCAUUGAGAUCAAAGAUGAACAGGUUGAUGAAUAUGCCUCAAAAGUGUCAUCUUUAGAACGUGAAAAAAGACAGCUACAAAAGGAAGUAGAAAAUUGGUCUCAGACAAUGGCUCGUGUUCGAGAAUUAGAAAGGGACAACAAGGAUUUGUCUCAUCAGGCAGCAAUUCAUCGAAACACCCUGAACACCUUAAGAGAAAUUUUUUUUCAGGACCUGGUAAGUGAAAAACUUAAGAGUCAGCAGAUAGCAAGUGGUUUAGAGAGACAGUUGAACUACCAACAGAAUGAAGAUGUAGACGCUGCUUGUUCAUGGUCUAGUCAUGAAAAGAAAAAAGAUCCCAUGACACCAAAUUCUUUGGCUCAGGAGAUAGCAGACUUAAAAUUCAGUAUGUCGGACCUUGAGCAGAAGAAUACAAGUCUGACAGAAGAGAACCUAAAUCUUCGUAGUGAAGGAAGUUCUCUAAAAGAAAACAAUUACAGCCUUCAUUCCAAAGUUUCAUGUCUUGAACAGCAGGUUAGCUCAUACAGUAAACAAUAUUCCAGUCUGCAGUCUAAACAUGCACACUUAGAAGUGGAACAUGCCCUUCUGGAGUCCCAGAAAGAAGCCUUGACCACACAGGUGACAAAUCUGCAGGGUCAGCUUCAUAAGCUUGAGGAGGAGAAAGAUAAGCUAUUACUAGAUACGAAAGAACUGCAAUCAGUCCAUGAGACCGUGUGUUCUAACAACGAAACUUUACAGAAACUUCAUGACCAGCUCACUGCAGAAUAUGAAAAACUCUCCAACAAUCACAGUAUUCUCAAGGCUAGUCACAAAAGUCUUAAGUCUGAAUACAUUGCUCUUAAAGGUAAGUUGCAAGAAGAAUCCUUCUCUCAAGAAAUGUUGAAAUUGAGAGAAAUGCUGGAAGGGGAGAAAGAUGAGGCUAGUGGUAGAAGUUUCACAAACUUACAGUCUCGGUAUUCAGAACUAAAGGAGCAGUUUCGAACCCUGAAAGAGAAUAAUGAUCAGCUUUUGGUUAAUCAUGCCUACUUGGAAACUAAGCACAAAGCAAUAAAAACUGAAAACAAUGAACUAAAAUUGAAGAACACAGCUUUAAAAGGAGAGGUGGGGGAGUGUCGAGAUGAAAUUGCAACAUUAGACGUGCAGGUGGCAAAACUUGUUAGUUAUUGUGAGAUGCUGUCACAUGUUAACAAUACAAUUGAAAAUGAUCGGCAGUCCGUGAUGACCAGUGCAUCUGUUCUUCUGUCUGAUUAUCAUAAUUACCUGUCUUCAUUGGCCUAUGAUGAUAUUAGAUCAUUGUCAACUGAUACUAACAUAUGCCAGAAGUUGUGGGAAUUGGGCCAAGAAAAGAAACAAGUGGAAAGAGCAAUGACAGGAGUACAUCAGGAACUAGAGAAAUUAGCUAAGAAAGCACACAAAGUGGUAACUUCUGCUCCACAAAUGAGAAGAGCAAGGUCAGAACAUUUUCCUGGCCUUUCCAGGGGUCGAUCUAGCUUUGAUAGAUCUAAAACCAGGAGUUUUAAUGUUGAGAGGCUUCUUGGAGGAAAAGAUAUAUUGAAUGGUCAUCUGGAAAACAAUGCAUCUUCAGUUGCUGGUGAUAACUCUUCUCAAAGUAUUAAACACAAUAUGGAUGUUAGCACUGAUGAUGAUAUUCCUGUCCGAGAUGUUGGUCCAGGAGCCAAGUCUCCCUUGGUUGUUAAAACAGAAGAUAAAGUUUCCGAUAAAAGAACAGAUACCUAUAAGUCAACAAAUGCCAAAUCAAACAAACAACCAAUUUCACAAUGCUCCUCAUCUCAGACCACAGUGGAAAACUUAACGACAGUCAAUCUCAUUACUAACCUUCCAGCAAAUUUGGGGUUCAAAGAAUCCUUCCCAAAACAAGAUGAAGAGCUAGAAAGUGGAAUGUUUUCCAAAAAACCAGAGCAGUCAGCAGGAGGUCAUUUUGAAGACUGUGCUUCCAUUCCUUCUGAGAAACUAGCCCAGUGUCACACAUCAACUCCAGUAACAAAAAGUGUAUCUGGAGAACCCAGAAAUUCUAAAGAAUCUGGAGAUAAUAUCAAGAUACAUAAGAAUCAUGAUGCUUCAAAAAUGCAGAAGGCCAAGGGACAAAAAGAGGUUGACAAAAGAAAUUUUUUGUUUGGCUCUAGUAAAGAAAAGAAAUCUGACAGCUCUGUUUGGUAUGAGUAUGGCUGUAUUUAGAAAAGUAUUUAUUUGGAUUUCAUAAAUAUUUAUUUGAAUCAUUCAGUCAUCAUAUUUAUACAGAUUUUAUGUGAAAGAGCCUUGUUUAUUUGCUACUGUAAUAUUGUACAUAAUUUUAUAAUUUUCAGUAUGUUUUUUGUAAUUUCAUACUAUGAAACUAAAGAUGCUAAUUAUGUACACUAGCUAGGUUUUGUUGGGUCUAGCUCAAAAUUUGGAUUUAGCUUAAUUUCUAGUUUGUUCCUUAUUUUGAUUUGAUUAUCAUGAUGUACAAAGAAAGAGGAAAAAAUUCUGUUCUAGUAUUGAGAUUUGUGUGUAGACAGUAAUGAAGUAAAUCUCAAAACAAGCUUUGAAGAGAGUAAAAUGAUAGUCAAACAAUCGUAUUUUAGGCUGUCUUUGUAGUUUUUGUUGCAGUUAAUAUGUUAUUUUAAAUCAAAAAUUGAUAAUUGUGAACAGAACUUUGGAAGGAUUGGUAACAUUUUAAAGCAUGGUUGAAGUAGUUUUCCAUCUCUCUGUAAAUAUUUCCAAGACAAGAUUUACACGUAUGCAUGUUGUUCCUUGUAGUUUAUUAUUCCUUGAUUUGUUCUUUGAAAUAUUGUUACAAACUGCAGAAAAAUUAUUUCAAUAUUAGACAUUAAUAUUGGUUAAUAUUUGUUAUCUUAAAACUACUUUGCAGUGAAAUAAUUGAAGUAGGGAAGAAAAUUCUGUCUGCCUGCAUAACUACACAUACUUGUUUCAUGUAAUGGAAAAUGUUACUUUUGUAGUCAUUUCCAGCUUUUUGUAUUAUUAUUUGUGAAUGUGAAAUAUUAUAUAAAAGUAUCUAAACUGGUAAAACAGUUUCUCUUUCAAAGCUUUAUUUGCUGUAAUCACUAAGUCAUCAUUCAGUGUGAGAACUGAAUCCAUUUGAAAUCAUAAUUUGUCAUUCUUUGUUUGUUAGGUUGAUAAACUGGUCUUUUUUUACUUUUAAAACUAGAAACUUCCAAUUUGUAAAAUGACACAUGUUAUACUUAAAAAUGAGCUUUAUUUCUUGAAGCUUAAAUUUUAAAAUUAAGAUCAUCAAGCUUCAUUAGUAAGGGACAACUGAAACCUUGUUUUUUGUUUAAAUAACAUUUAGUAAUACAUGAUGCUAGUGUUGUAGUACAGUGUUAUGUGUUUAAGUGUGAUUAUAGUAUUUUUAAAGUUCCUUUGAGAUGGUCUCAGUUUUCUUGGAAAAUUAUGUAGGACUAUCAAUGUUGAUAUGAAAUUAUGUUAAGUAAUUUAAUUUAGUAUGUGUGUAAAUAAAGCAUCUCUGAAAAAUAAGACCUAAAAUAAACUUACUACAAAACUAAUGUUUUGGUGAAAAAAAAUUUAAAGGUCUAGUUCAUAGAAAAACCAGUAGAAACAUUGUUACUUUUCAUUAUUUAAAGAAUAUAUGCUUCACUUAUGUAUUUUGUUGUGCAGAACUUGCAGUACUUUUUGAUUGUUAUAAUUUCAGUGUUCUUGGAAUAUUUUUGUAAUGUGUAUUAAAAAGUUGAAUGGCAGUUACUGUUUUUGUUGGUUUGUUUUAAAAAUCGAUUAGGCUGCACAUUUAUUGCAAUGAAUAUUGAAAAUCAUUUAUAAAUUUUGUUAAUGCUUUUAUAUAGUGUAUUAUUUUUCCAAGCUUGCUUCAUUGAUGAUUACACAUAUAUUUAUGGUCAUAAAGGAGUAUAAUAUUUACUGUAAGUCUGCAACUUGAUUCUAAUCAAUUUUUUUUUUUAUUUUCUAAAUCUAUUUAGUAUGCACACAUUUCAUUUCAAAAGACUUAUUUUCAAUAAAAACAUUGGAUCCACUUUCAGUAUCACAAAAUUAAUUUCUCUAAGCAUGUUCUUUUUACAUUAAAUUGACACUUUUUUUAAUAAACAGUUUUUAACCUUUAUGUGAAAUUUUAUUUCUGGUUAAAUUUUUAAAAUGUUUUUCCAACUGAGAAAUGCCUGAAGGUAAUCCUCUGUUGAGCAGGGGUCUGUGUGUUAACAACUGUCAGUGAAGAACAAAUCAUGUUACCUCAUUUACAUAGGUUAUAUAUAUAAACUUUUUAUUGCAAAAUUUAAACAGGAAUAUUUCAUGAAGUUUUGCUGUGUGUAUUAAUUGAUGUCUGAAAGUAUUUUACUCUGAUAUCCACUAUUAUGUUUUCUUUUAUUCAGGUUGACUGCAUAUUUAAUAGGUAGAUUCAGUCACAUUUGUUCAAUAUUUCAUGAUUUUUUUUUCAUGUCCUUUUCUCUUUAAGCUUGAUCUUGUACUACUUCUUGGUAAUGUCAAUAAAAUAUGUCUGAAGAUCUA